ACAUGUGUAAGUGAGGGCGCGAUCAGUAUUUUCCUGCGAUACGAGUCCAAAAUGUCAGACAUCGAUAAAUGGAUGGAACUUGCAAAAGAAUGCAAAUAUCUCCCCGAAAAUGACCUUAAGAAACUUUGUGACAUAGUAUGUGAUAUUCUAUUGGAAGAAUCUAAUAUUCAACCAGUAUCCACUCCGGUAACAGUGUGUGGAGAUAUUCACGGUCAGUUUUACGAUCUAGAAGAAUUAUUUCGUAAUGGAGGCGCUGUGCCUCAGACAAAUUAUAUAUUCAUGGGAGAUUUUGUAGAUAGAGGGUACUACAGUAUAGAAACAUUUACCCGCCUACUCACACUUAAAGCUAAAUGGUCUGAUAGAAUAACAUUACUUAGAGGAAAUCAUGAAUCCAGACAAAUUACUCAUGUUUAUGGUUUUUAUGAUGAAUGUCAAAACAAAUAUGGCAAUGCUAAUGCAUGGAAAUACUGCUGUAGGGUGUUCGACUUGCUCGCAGUUGCUGCCUUAAUCGAUGAAAAAGUACUUUGUGUACAUGGUGGAUUAUCUCCAGUUAUUAGAACAUUAGAUCAAAUUAGGACCAUUGAAAGAAACCAAGAAAUUCCACAUAAAGGUGCAUUUUGCGAUUUGGUUUGGUCCGAUCCAGAUGAUGUUGAAUCAUGGACAAUUAGUCCGCGUGGAGCAGGUUGGUUAUUUGGAAGUACCGUAACAUAUGAAUUCAUGGAAAUCAACGAUCUUAAACUUAUUUGUAGAGCUCACCAAUUGGUUCAUGAAGGUUAUAAAUAUAUGUUUAAUGAUAAACUUGUAACAGUAUGGUCAGCUCCAAAUUAUUGUUAUCGUUGCGGUAACGUAGCUAGUAUUUUAGAGUUUUCAACUGUCGAUGAAAAAUCCCCAGUGAUAUUCCACGCAGUGCCUGAUUCUGAAAGAGUAAUUCCACCUUUAACCGUUACACCAUACUUUUUGUGAUCUAACAUAGAGCUCCAUAUGUUUGGAUUCAGAAAGGCGGUAUCUACGUCUAGACUGUUCGCAGUUACAUGACUAUUUCUUCAUGUUGA